AUGUUUGGUGACGAGUACAUCGUGGGGCGCGUGCGUGUCCGGGCAAUUUUUUUGAAACAGGCAUUAUUGCGGCCGCUUGCCGGUCCUUCCUCCUUUUCUACGUCCCUGAGCGAGGCCGACGUAAAGAUGAAUGACACAGUGACAGUCAGGACUCGCAAGUUCAUGACGAACCGGCUCCUUCAGAGGAAGCAAAUGGUCGUCGAUGUCCUGCAUCCCGGCAAGGCUACAGUCCCCAAGACUGAAAUCAGGGAAAAGCUCGCCAAGAUGUACAAGACCACUCCUGAUGUUGUGUUCGUCUUCGGCUUCAGGACUCAGUUUGGUGGCGGCAAGACAACAGGCUUUGCCAUGGUCUACGAUUCCCUAGACUACGCGAAGAAGAAUGAGCCCAAACACAGACUGGCCAGGCACGGCCUCUAUGAGAAAAAGAAGACUUCAAGGAAACAGCGCAAGGAACGCAAGAACAGAAUGAAGAAAGUACGAGGCACCAAGAAGGCCAGUGUGGGUGCUGCUGGCAAGAAGUGAGUCCGGACAGUCUGCGAGGGUCCUUGGCUUCAACAUGCUCUUGUAUAUUGUCAUCGAAUAAAAGUUGGAAAAAAUUGGACAAAAAAAAACAA